AGAUACACUAAGAUGAAGACGGCCACCAACAUCUACAUCUUUAACUUGGCUCUGGCUGACUCCUUGUUCCUGGCCACUUUACCUUUCCAGGGCACCGACGUGUUUCUGGGCUUCUGGCCAUUUGGGAACGCUCUGUGUAAGACGGUGGUGUCUAUCGAUUACUACAACAUGUUCACCAGCACCUUCACCCUGACCGUGAUGAGUAUGGAUAGGUACGUGGCCGUCUGCCACCCCGUCAAAGCGCUAGACAUGAGGACUCCUCACAAGGCCAAGGUGGUGAAUAUCUGUGUGUGGGUGUUGGCUUCAGCCUUCGGAGUCCCGGCCAUGGUCUUGGGAAAUGUUGAGGAGGAGCAAGAGCAUAACA